AUGAGAGUGGUUGCACACAUAGUUACUCUACAUUGUAUUAUUUAAUCGCAAAAGAAAUUUCGUAGAAGAGGCUCGAUUUUUUUGUUUUCAAUUAUUUAUAUCAAAUAGAUAAAGUUUUGAUUAAGUAAAUAAAAAGGUGCAAAAAAGAAAAAAAGAUGAUGAAUUCGAGUGUUAUUAAAACGGAGCAAAUAAAUCUGCAGAAAGCGCACUUUUGUGUGAAGUGCGAUAAACAAAUUCAGGAUCGGUAUUUUUUAAAGGCGUUAAAUGCCUUUUGGCAUGAAGAUUGCUUGAAGUGCAAUUGCUGCGAUUGUCGUUUAGCCGAUGUUGGUUCAACACUGUUCACACGUGAAAAUGUGAUUUUGUGCAAAAGUGAUUACAUACGACUUUAUGGAAACACAGGACAUUGUUCAGCUUGCAAUAAAUUGAUUCCAGCAUUUGAAAUGGUGAUGAGAGCAAAGCGUAAUGUUUAUCAUUUGGAAUGUUUUGCAUGCCAGCAGUGUAGUCACAGAUUUUGUGUUGGCGACCGCUUUUAUUUGUGCGAUAACAAAAUUCUAUGCGAAAAUGACUAUGCCGAUCGUCAGUUGCAAAUGGAAAUGAAUCAACAAAAUCAACAGAAUGUCACCACCACUACUACCAGUAACAAUAAUAACAACAACAGUGAGUUCAGUAUCAAUCGAAAUUCGAUGAACAAAAGCCAAACAAGUGGCUCAGCAAAUAUGACGCCACUAUAUUCAGAGAAGAAUAAUUUCACAAAUUUCGAUGUACCAAUUCAUGUGCGAUAAAUAUAUGAUAUUGCGCCAAGUCAUUUAAGACUUAAAUUA